CAUGUACUGAUUAUCCAUUGCUUGCUGGUUAUAACGUAUGGAUAUCCGGUUCCAACGCGCGCAUGCGUAUCUGUCGUAUACUUCCUUUAUCCUAAUGGUUCUGAGAGUAUGUCCGCCUCACCUGUACGUGCACUCUCCGCCUCUAACUUCCUCCAGAUUUAUUUUACAGACUCUACCAAUGCUCAAGCAUUAAACGCGACGCUGCACCUCGUUUCAAGUGUAUGCACACCUAUCGCGUGGUUCCUUCAUCCCAUCCUAAAUGCGACAUUAGGGGAGUUCAAAGCUGGAUUUCGAGGCUGA